AUGAGGCAUUUAAUAAGUGUGGGAAAGUUUUGGUCCAAGUUCUCUGAAACAGGCAGCAGAAAAGAACAUGUUAAAAUCACAAGCGAGUCCAAACCAGGGUUCCUGGAGAGGCUCAGCGAGACUUCUGGAGGCAUGUUAAUGGGACUUGUGACAUUUCUUCUGUCUUUCUACCUUCUUUUUACCAACGAAGGACGAGCUUUAAGGACAGCCAAAUCUCUUGAUGAGGGACUUUCUCUUGUGAUCCCUUUGGAUAGCAUCCACAGUGUGUCUCAGCAGAAUGAAGGGAGAUUGGUGCACUUAGCUGGUGCUCUGAGUACAUCUAAGCCUUUGUUUGAUCCCAGCUAUGGGCUCUCCAUCCAGGCUGUCAAACUUAAACGUAAAGUGGAAAUGUAUCAAUGGGUAGAAUAUGAAGAUUCCACGGAGUAUGAAGAGAAUGGUGAGAUUAAGAAAGAGACAAAAUAUUCCUACAAUACCGAAUGGAAAUCGGAAGUUGUGAACAGCAGAAACUUUGAUCGAGAAAUUGGACACAAAAACCCUAGUGCCAUGGCUGUGGAGUCUUUCACUGCUGUUUCUCCUAACGUCCAGGUUGGCAGCUUUGUUCUUUCCAAGGGUCUUGUGGAUAAAAUUGAUGACUUCAAGCAGUUGAGCUUGUCAAACCUUGAGGAUCCACAUGCUGAUGUUACCCGAGGAGGAGAUUACUUUUACCACAGUGAGAACCCCAGGCGUCCAGAAGUAGGAGACCUGCGCGUCUCAUUCUUCUAUGCAGGUCUGAGUGGAGAUGACCCCCAUUUGGGCUCUGCUGAUAAGGUGACUGUGAUUGCUCGCCAGCGAGGCGAUCAACUGGUUCCAUAUCAUACCAAGUCUGGAGAUGUCCUGCAGAUUCUAUACCCUGGGGAUCUCUCUGUGGAGGAAGUGUUUCAGAAAGAGCAUGAGAGUAACACCAUGAAGACCUGGGCUCUCCGUGCAGCAGGCUGGCUGGCAAUGUUUGUAGGCAUCAGCCUAAUGACCCGAAUCUUUUACACUUUGGUGGACUGGUUUCCUGUUGUGAGAGAUCUGGUUAACAUUGGAUUAAAAGCAUUUGCCUUCUGCGUAGCCAGUUCGCUGUCGCUCCUGACCAUCUCCAUUGGCUGGCUCUUCUACCGCCCUCUCUGGGCUUUGCUGAUCGGGUUGCUCUCUGUAGUUCCAAUUGUGGUUGCGAAAUCUCGUGUUCCACCAAAGAAGCAGCAGUGAGAAGGAGGUGGCCGGGUUUUAUGCUGAAUCCUGGUUAGAAACCCAGCAGUGUGCAGCAGGAGCUGGGGAGGGGGCUUGAAUGUGGUUGUUGAUACACAUUAUCCAUGAAAACUAUGACUGUAGGGUGCUCUCUGUAGGAAGUCGAUGACCUGGGCUUUGGGGAAAAAAGCAUUUUGGAGUGUCUAUUGAUUAUAAGUUAGUGAACAAGCGGAUUUGUACCUCUUACCACUUACUAAUUCCCCCUGGUUUGAGGACUGGCAAGUCCUUACUGACAGGUGGGGCACCUUGUGUGUUAUGGAGCAAGUGCCAUCUUUAUCACAUGGACCAUGAUUAGAUAUCCUUAGGAACUGUGUGUGUGUACCUCUGACAAACCCUCCCUCUGCUGCCUUUUCUUAUAUGCAGAGUCGUGUCUGCUUCUUUGGUUGAUGUUGGAAGCAUAUGUGUUCCAAAGGAAAAACACAGCUUAGUUGAAUUUCACACGAUACGUAUAUAAAACGUAUGCUUUUGGACUCAGGAUUUUCGAAGUAACUUGAAGUAAUGAGUGGCCAGGUUAGUAGUGCUCUGAGGUAGGGUGGAUUUGUAAGAAAGCCUUGAUUUCCUCCAACUUUUUAAAAGCCUCUGAAGCUGUUCUUGGUUAAGCAUCCAAACUGGUAGUGUGGACUGUACCAUCACAUAAGUAUUCAAAAAUUUAACUUCAAAUUGGACUUAUUUAAGGGGAUGCUCAGAGGUCACUAACCUUUAAAAAUAAAUCCUGCUGCCUUGAAGCAAAAUUAACUUUUAUAAUUGAAUGUAUAUUCUUUAAAAUAUUUGGGUUUUUUUUGCUGUGUAUACUGUUUCUUGAAUUUCACUUGAUAAGGACAAUGAACAUACUCCAUGAAAUUAAAUAAUGAAAACAUUUUUGCUUGAUUAGAUUUCAUAGACUUUAGUAGGCUAAAUUUUGAGCUUUGUAAUGUUAGAGGAAUGCCUUCUUGUAGUGUUGUGAUGGCUCAUGUUAACAGAUUUCUGCUGUAACCAGUACUUGAGAUUAGAGUGUAUCUUGUACUGGUUUUAUAUCUCUCUCCACCUAGAGAGUCUGGCUUCCAGAUGUGCCCUCCCUACAUGACAGUGGGUUUUCUUCUGGUUUUGUACUGAAUUGCAUACACUUACAAUGUCUUCAUUUAUGAAAUCCAGUUACAACCGUCAGGAGAAAUGUGUUCCCCAUACCAAAGGAACUUAACUUGAACAUACAGAGAAGCAAAUGUUUGCUACAGAUGGUACUGAAAUAAGAGAUCUGAGUUAUAAAUCAUUAAUGUUUUGAGAAGGAGUAGUUACUUUAUUAGCCUUAAUUCUUUUAGUAUUUGAAUGUUGUCAAUUCAGUCUCAUGGCUCGGUUCCUCUGGUAAAAGCAGUAGUAGUAAGUAAAGGGUUGCAGGAAGUGCAAGUGGUCUCGUGCACACAGCUGACACGUUAGUGAUGCUGCUCUGCUGCUCACUGACACCAGCUUCUGCUCCAUCAGUUAAGAAUUGCACUCCACUGGGGAGAAAAACAAGGGUUGGACUGCUGUUUCACCAGCGAGGCGGGAAACUAACCAGCAUUACCCUAUUAGAGAUGAAGAUACCAUUUUCUACAGAAGUGCUGAGCUUUUGUAUAUUUAAUAAAAUACAAUUUUCAAAAGGUUGGUCUGUAGGCUUCUUUUUUAUUGCGUUUAAGUAUUGCACGUUUCAUGUCCAGGAAUAGUGUCCAGGUACAUGGAGGAUUAGUUUGUUGCUUCCACAUGGACUAGUUUUCUGUUGUUGGUUGAGAUAAAUGUGCAGUUGGGUUUUGUUUAGCCUGCAAGUAUUUCCCCAUUUUGGGAAGCAAGUUCCCAAGAGCAGCACAGCUGCUACCUGGCCGACAUACUUCUGUGUGAUGAAAGCCCGAUUCCAGCCUACUGCAGUUUUACUCCCCAUUACUCACUACUUAAGUAACUUCCUUCCCUCCAUAAGACUAUUUGAAAAAUACGAUGGUUCAACCUGGCUGGAUACAGCCUCUUGUGGUUUUAAAGAGACUGGGGGGUUACCUAUGCAUUCAACAGCUUAAACUACUUUUGUCUUACAUAUUAGUGUGUGCACAGGAAUGACGCAAAAUAAAGGAGGGCUCCUUUCACAGACAAGAGCUUUGUGUUUCCCAGGCCAGGCACGCUGGUGGAGCCAAGGCUCGCUUUCAUCGCAUGUACACAAACAAGGUUUCUAUAGGAACAGCUGAAGCAGUAUUUCUCUUGCUGCCUUACCAAAACCUGGCAGAACAUGCACCUGAUCUGUCACUCGUCUUCCCUUUCUGCUUUGGUCUCCCUUCAAGUGUAUUUACUCUCUCAUCUCUUGCACGCUUAGGUUAGGCGAGCUGGCUGCCUACACAGCUGAGAAGUAGGAUCC